AUGCCUCCAGCGACUCGCAAGGGCGCGAGUUCGAAGGUAAGGCGGCCUUCGCAAUUGGUGUUCGACGUCACCUACGGUUCACUCCAGUUCUACCAGGAGGAUAUUGUCAGGCGGAAAGAUGACCCCAAAACGCUGGGCCUUGUUCUUCGAUGCUGGCACGAUGCGGAAGACCUUCCGCCACAGGCUGAAGACAUGGAUCCUCUCAUGAGGCCGCUCAAGAAGGGAGAAGUUGGCGUCUCCUACUUUCCUAACCCUUCCCGGGAAAUACUUCCCGAAUCUCAGCUCGAGCUCGUGGAUCGCCUCUACCAACCCGGUGACUUGCUGAAACGCAGAAUCGAUGAUGUGGUCUCUGGCGUAGUUAUUAACACCGAGGUGAAAGGCCGCCUCGAACAUGCUAUUAGCGGAGAGCAACUAUCAGACUGGAGGGGUACUGAUGAUGUGACAUGUGCCGUCGAUAUUGAGAUGGGCGAUUACGUCGUGUACGAUGACUGGGUUGGCCAGGUUAUCGAGAUGUUCGACGAAGCUAUAGUCGACAUGGGCCUCGGUAAUCUAGUGCGCGUCCCGGAGCUCAGUGCUCGCCUUGUCGUCGGCGAGAAGGGACCGGAUAUCCUGCCGCAGCCGAUGUCUGGGGUGCAGACUUUAUUUGGCUUCUUGAUAGGUAAUGUGCGACCCGGUAAUCAGGACACAGUGGUCGCCGUCAAACGCACUGUACUGGCGAUCGCAUGGUUGGCAAUAAACCAAUCUCUGGAUCAAACAGAAGCGCAAUUGCGUUUGCGUCCCGCUCGAUUCUGGCAUGGUCCAGAUCUGUCCAAGCUUACGCUAGUGCGCCGGAGAGCAGAGCAAGCGAUACGCAUGGGCGAUCGCGUAAUACCCUUGCGCGAUGUACCUGUCACUCGACAUGGCAAGGAAGACGAUCCAUCGCACAUGCUAGAAGUCCGUACGUGUGUUGUACAGGAGACUCAUACAAUGGUCAAGGUCCUCUGGCAAGAUGGUACGACCGAACUGCUUGAUGCAAAGGUCACCGUUCCUUAUUUGAAUCCUGACGAGUAUGACUGCUGGCCCGGCGACCAUGUUCUCUGGAAGACUGAAGAUCAAAAACGGGCGGCCAUAGUACAAACCGUCAACGCUGUCGAUCGGACUGCGCAGAUCUACUGCACGGACACGAGAACUACUGAAUUGGCGUCGCUACUUGAGCUUGAUCCUCAUGGAAUAUCUGAUUGGUCAGCAGUCUCUCCUACCGAUGGACUGGGUCUUCAUCGCGGUGAUCUCGUGUUCAUACACAAGGAGGGUUCAACGAAUGGCGUGGAGCCUCCCAUGGUGCCCAGAAUUGGAGAAGUGGAAGAUUGGGUUCGUGAGCCCCCAGUGGUCAGUGAGAGCGGUCACCUCAGUGGAUGGCGGCGUGAGAUGGCGGAUAUAGGUAAUCGAAUUGCUGAACGGCGAGGCAAGGACUCGACCAUUGAAGAAGGCCAGAUUCGGCUUCCAGAAGAAGGGAGCUCUCGACUUAAUUGGUUCGGCGAGGUUAUUGAGCUGAGACUAGACGGCACUGUUGAAAUCAUGCUGCCAGAUCUUUCCGUAGCUGUGCUUCCACUCCAGCGGCUGACGAAACUAUAUGACGGCACGGAUCAUCUGGACGAUAUGUGGGGCGACGACGCCUCAGAAGGUGAAGAAGGUAGCAAUAUUGACAUGGAAGAGAAUGUAGAAUAUUGGGCCAUGGACGAAGAAGGUCACUGGGUAGAGGACGAUGUAGCUGCCGCGGAUGAAUGGGAGUCGACGGACGAAGAUGACGGAAUGGAUGUCGAUGAAGAGAGAUGGUCGUCAUCAAGUCCAACAGUUUUACAGGUUCAGGAUGUUGGCAUACCGUCUGUCACAGAGCCAGCGUCGAUAGUGGCGCCAUCCGUACCAACAACGUCCUCGGCUGCACGUUCAGCAUCUCCCGAUGUUCCAAGGGACGCCUCGGAGGACGAGGACCUCAUCAAGGCGGAAGUCGACGAUAAUCACCCACUAUGGAAGCGCUUCGACGUGCUUCCCUCUGCACCUGUUGACCAUGCCUUUUUCUCUAGUCCCCCCGCGCAGACGUCGCGAAGCUUCUUGGCUCGUUUGAAUCGGGAAUACAAAGCACUUCAAAACAGCCUACCUGAUUCAAUUCUUGUCAGAGCAUUUGAGGAUCGCACCGACUUGUUGCGUUGUAUGAUAAUAGGACCAGAGAAUACACCUUAUCAAGAUGCUCCGUUUGUCAUAGACUGGAUGCUCGACUCAAACUUCCCACAAAGUCCGCCCAUUGCGCAUUUUCUGAGCUGGACGAAUGGGAAUGGCAGGGUAAAUCCAAAUUUAUACGAGGAGGGUAAGGUGUGUCUAUCGAUAUUGGGGACAUGGGCGGGGGACAAAAACGAAACUUGGAGUGCAUCAAGAUCAUCAUUGCUGCAGGCUUUCGUUUCUAUCCAAGGUCUUGUCCUCGUAAAAGAGCCCUGGUUCUGUGAACCGGCAUACGAGAAGCUGAGAGGCACAGAAGAAGGAAUUGUCAAUAGUCGACUUUACAGCGAGAAAGCAUAUGUCUUGUCCCGCGGUUUUGUGCGUCGCGCGCUGGAGAUCCCCCUUGGUGGGUUGGAAGCGGAGAUUCGCUGGUUCUAUUACAUAAACGGAAAGCUGAAGAAAGUGUUGGAUGAUGCGCGCGCAUUGAUUGAGAAGAGCAAAGCUUCAAAAGAUGAUACAGAGGCAGACGGGGAUGUAGCCGUACCCAGGCUCACAGGUGGUGGAAUGAUUGCCUUGGAACGGACACUAUUGAAACUGCAGACGGUACUGGAUGCAAAUCUGCACCAGUCACAAUCACCACAGCUUGUAUAG